GAUUGUUAUUAGCUAGUUGAAUAUUUAAACAAAACAUUUAUUCGUUUUAGGCUAAAAUUGUUUCACAGUUUACACAGUGAGUGUCGCUGUAGAAAAUGAGAGUUUUAUUAUUUUUGUUCGCACUCCAAUAUGCGUUUCCAUCACUACUUACCGAAGAAGUAAGGCUGUUUGAUUUGGAACCAGCGGAUGCUCAAAAGAUCAUCGAGAACCACGAUCAAUCUCUUCACUACGCCCCGAAAAUCGAAAGCAAUGUUCCAGCUAUACGAUUCCUUGGAAACGAACCCCAUCACGUGAAAGAAGACAUUUAUCUAGCGAAGCAAUACCACGGUCAAGACGGCAUUGGUGGAUAUAUCUAUGGGUAUAAUGUUCCUGAUAUCGCUAAGACAGAGAGAAAGAAGGCUGGAGGGGAUUUGAGAGGAGCGUAUAAUUAUAUUUCUGGGGGAAAGGAAAUCAAGGUGGAAUACUGGGAUAAUGGUAAUGGUUUCCAUCAAAUUGAUAACGUACCAAAAAUUCUGCCAAAACAAAUUGACGAUUCUCCUGAAGUAAAAGCUGCAAAAGAAAAAUUCUUGGCCAGAUGGCAUGAGGAAGCUGAACGGAAUAAACAUCCAGUGACGGACCCCUACAAUAGUGAAGGCCAAUAUGCCAGUGGACCUCUCUCAGCGCAAGGACAGCUAGAAUUCAAAAAACAAUUCCAACAACAAUAUCAACAAGGACAAUAUCAACAAGGGCAAUAUCAACAACCUGGACAAUACCAACAACCUGGUCAAUACCAACAACAUGGACAAUAUCAACAACCCGGUCAAUAUCAACAAACCGGUCAGUAUCAACAAACCGGACAGUAUCAACAACCCGGACAAUAUCAACAAGGUGGUCAAUAUCAACAACCUGGCCAAUAUCAACAGCCUGGGCAAUAUCAACAACCUAGCCAAUACAGUGGUUCCCAAAAUCAAAUUGAUUACACUGGCCAAUACAGUGAGAACCAAAAUGUUUACUCCAAGCCUGGUCAAGUUCCCAGCUCUGGACAAUAUCAACAAUCUGGUUCAUACCAGCAGUCCGGAUCCAAAGCUACGCAUGAAGUAGACAAUUCUGGGCAAUACAAUCCCAAAUUGGAAGAAGAAGACACAACAGGGCCACCAAAAGGAUUUUACUACAAUUUCGAUUACCCUGUUGGUAUAAUAGUAAAUAAAGAAGGGCUAGUUAGGAGAGAAGGCAUCAAAGAGGUUUACGAUGAAAAUAAAGCUAAAUUUGAGGCACAACUCAAAGCAGGUCACACUGACGGUUCAAACCAGAGUGGAUAUCUUUAUGCAAAGAACUGAGGUUUUUCUAAAAUAAUGAGUGAUAGUGAUUUUCAAUUAAUUUUGUAAUUUAUUUAUAAUAAAGUUCAUAUUUUCUGA